GGCAACACUGAACACCGCCUCCAUUGUUGUAGCUGUAGCAUUUGAUGAACAAGCUGCCAACGCUACAUUCUGCCAUUCUCACACCCGCUACUUCAUCUUUCAACGCUCACCUGAAACAUCUUGGAGUACUUCACAUCUUGGGGACCUACUAUGUCUAGCGAAUAGGCUGAGGCAUCUGAAUUGCGGGCGUAUACGGGCGGAGAUCGAACUGUGACAGGAUGACCGAAAAUGUAAAGCAGUGGCUGUAUGCCUACUGUGGAAAGAAAAAAAUUAACCCAGUGUAUGAUAUCAGAAACUCUGGACCAAAGCAUCGCCAAAGAUUUUUGUGUGAAGUUCGUGUCCCCGGAUACUCUUAUGUGGGUGUUGGUAAUUCAACAACAAAGAAAGAUGCUGGAGAAAAUGCUGCCAAGGAUUUUGUUCAGUACCUCAUUCGACAGGGUGAGGUUGCAGCAGAAGAGGUUCCUGACAUGAAGGGUCCUGAUAAAUCCAUUCAAGCUGCAGAUAGCAAUGCUGGCAAUGCUGAGUGGCAGCCAAGUGCUCCAAUGAAACCAGUUCCUGGACUUCGUGAAGAGGGAAAUGUUUACAGACCGAUACAGCAUGAAGGGAGAGAGAAACCCCUGACGUACAUGGAUAGAGUUGAGGAGAGGAGAGCUAUUGAGGAUGCUGAGGAAUGUGAUAUGACUGCCAAUAUCCAUGGCAACUGGACUGUGGAAAAUGCAAAAUCACGUCUGCAUAUGUUCAUGCAAACCAGCAAGAUAAGUGCAGACUACAAAUACAAAGCAAUUGGCCCUGAUCACAACAGGCUUCUUCAGGGUGGGUGAUCGGCAGUUUGAGCCCAGUGUAUCACAAGGAGUUUUGUUGCUGAGAUGCAGUUUUAUGUAAAGGACUUAGGAAGAGGUAAGUGCUGUA